AUGGCUUCCAACGAUAGAGAUCCUUGCAAUGGAUCUGUCGAGAACGAUGAGUCUCCCAUCAUGCAGCGUCUGAUGGCCAUCAUCGGGAAGGAUGUCGAAGAUUUUGUGAAGGAGCGUGAACAAGCCACAGAAGCGAGAGCCACCUCGCGUCUCGCUUCAAGAAUCGAUCAUCAGGAGUCCACCAUCAAAAACCUCAAAUCCGGGUCUCAACUUAUAGCGCGGAAUAAUGCCGACCUCAAAAAACGCCUCGAAGCCUCAGAGAAGCAAAACGCUGAUCUCAGAGGGCUCCUUGCAGUCUCGGAGACACGUAUCGCUGAAGCUGAUGCUAAGGCUGCUCAGGCCAUAGCCGAAGCUGCUAAGGCCAUGGUCGACGCUGAUGAUCGCGUCGCCCGAGUCACCGCUGAUUACCAGGCUCGCACUCGUCGGUUGAUGGAGUGCUUACAGCCGUCCGAACAGAGUGGCAGCGAUACCGCCUCAACUGUCGCUCAUGCCGGAAACGAAAGCGGUGGUUCCGCGACCGUCAUCAACUCGUCUGUCAGUAUCGGGCGACAGAACAACCAACCCGAGCAACAGCCCUCUCCCAGCAGCUCAGACGCCACCGCCAACGCACGAAUCAAAAGAGAGGAAAGUCUUCUUCAUCUUUCCGUCGCUGGUAAUCAACCAAGCGAUGGAAGCGAGAUGAGCGACGACUCCCUCACGUCCAAUGAUGGAGGAGAUCUGGACCUACUUGAGUGGUACAUGUGGCGUAGCGAGUCAAGCGAUGUCUCCAGCAUGUCUGAGGAUGAAGAGAUAAAGCAACAACACGAAGCGCCCAGCAACGAUGAUGGUGUAAGACAUUUCGGCGGCAUAUCGCCCGAUGACCUGCUAGUCGAUGAAAUCUCUGAGAUUAAGCGCGAGGGGCGUUGGGAGUUGAAAGAAGAGGAUGAGGCUGUCAACGGGCGUGGCGAAGGCGGUGCCAAGCGUCAACGAACAGAGUAG